CCAAUUCCUUUGCCCAGAGCAUAUUGGGUUUGAACACGGGCUGACGUGAGCUAGGUAUUAAAUCCGGCCUCCAUUAAAACCCCCGCUCAGGCACUGAUGAACGGAUUUGGCCCCUCAUUUGGCCCCGCGUUUAAAUCCGGAUGCCCCGCCGGCAUCAUUGGAAACCCGCCACGAUGCCACGGCGUUUCAAACUAUUUAUCGCGGCGAGGGAUUUAAGACAACAGCAUACGACGCAGAAGAAAAAGAAAAAGAACACUGAACUUCAUUCCUAUUACACGUCGAUAUGUCCUCCAGCCACCAUCAAGCGCCCCCUUUCAGGGCAGAGCACAUGGGCUCUCUGCUCCGACCCCAGAAGCUCCUCGACAUUCGGGAGGGCAAGAUUCGAGACCAGGGCCUAUCCGAGGAGGAAGCCGGUCUUCCUGCCGUCGAAAAGGAGUCUGUAGCUGAGGUUGUACAACUGCAGCGCGACCUUGGCAUCAAGGGCGUCACCUCGGGCGAGUUUAAUCGUACGCGCUUUUGGGGUCUGAUGUGGGACGAGUUCGAGGGUACCACCCGCCUGCAAGAUGCUGAAGCCAGCAUGUUCCGUCUCUACCACCCGGAUGUUGUGAGCCUCAUCGAGCAGGACCGCAAGGUGAUGCCUGGCGACUCCGUCAUAGCCGGCGGUAAGCUAGCUCACUCACCGGAGAAGUCCAAGUCCAACCUGCAUGAGCUUCGCCUUGUUCAAGCUGCACUUCCCAAGGAGGAGUGGAAGAACAUCAAGUUGACCAUGAUCACGCCCGCCUGGUUCCACAUGCGCUACAAGCAGGGUAGAGCCUAUACCAAGGAGGCGUACGCCAACGAUGCUGAGUAUUUCAGUGAUGUCGCCAAGGUCUACCAGGCAGAGCUCAAGCAACUCUACGACGCUGGUCUGCGCAAUGUCCAAUUCGAUGAUCCUGGGAUGGCUUACUUCUGCUCUCAAAAGUUCCGUCAGGGAUGGGACGAGGACAAGGACAACAAAGGUACCGUCGAAGACCUCCUCGACGCUUACAUCAAGCUCUACAACGACAUCACCAGCAAACUGCCCGAGGAUAUGCACACGGGUAUUCAUCUCUGCCGCGGAAACUUUAUUGGCGGUCGUCACUUUGCUGAGGGUUCUUACGACAUCAUUGCCAAAAAGCUCUUCCAGGACCUGGAUGUGAACACUUUCUACCUUGAGUACGACACUGAGCGUUCUGGUGGCUUCGAGCCCCUCCAGUUUCUGCCCAAGAAUAAGAACGUUGUUGUCGGCAUCAUUAGCACCAAGGUUCCUAAGUUGGAGGACAAAGAGCAGAUGAAAGCUCGUGUCCUCAAGGCGGCGGAGUUUGUCGCGAAGGGCAGUGGUGAGACCAAGGAGGAAGCUUUGAAGCGUAUCUGUGUGUCACCUCAGUGUGGGUUUAGCACCCAUGAGAGCGGGUACCCGUUGAGUCUGGAAGAUGAGAAGAGCAAGCUUCGGUUGAUCCGAAGGAUUGCCGAUGAGAUUUGGGGCGAGGCGUAGAAUGUUAGCCGGAUACACGUAGUGUGCCCUGAUAUGGAGUGUGACAUUCAACAUGUGAAAUUUAUCCUGGGUGGUUGGAAAUUAGCGGGCACAGAAGAUAUUCGGUUUUGCUGGAAAAUAUGGGAAUCUACAGUUUCCGUUGGGGUUUUUUUCUGUCUACUAUGAUUAGCUUCUAAAAAUGCAAUAUUGAUCAAGCUGAACAGCGGCUACGCCUUAUUCCUAACUUAUAAAUAUUGUAGACUUUGAUUCAGAACCGGUAUAACUGUGGAUAGGCAUUGACAUAUUGACUACUAACGCGCAUAGAUUAAGAAAGAAUGACCAUACAACUAUUUUCAAUACCCCUCCCCCAGGUAUAGGGUUAUCAAAUGAUGGAAACAAGGAAAGAGAGAAAGAAAGUGUGUA